UGGGAAAAAGAUGAAAUUUUAUAAAAAAAAGAUUACAAAAACUAUAUUUAAACUGUAAAAGUGAUCAAAGAGCUAAAGGAGAGCGUGUAAUAUAUUAAAGUGCCUUAAAAAGUGCCAAAACAGCAAAGAGUAUGUGACAAAAAUUACUUAAUACAAACAACCUUCCUGCUUUUGGAAAAAUGUGCAGCAACAAAUUGAACAACAUCACAAAACUAUAAUAAGCUUACUAUCGACGAGAUAACACAGAACAACGACAAUAGCUAAUAAACACAAAUGUCUGUAAAAUAAAAUGAGUCCAUUUCGUACCAAGAAAAAUCGCUCGCUACCAGUGAAGGUGGUAACCUUCGAUUCUGAAUUAGAAUUCAAUUUGGGGCAUCGCCAGACAGGGCAAGAACUCUUUGAUUUGGUUUGUCGCACAAUCGGUUUACGUGAGUCAUGGUAUUUUGGUCUGCAGUAUGUGGAUGCACGCGGUCGCGUCACCUGGCUGAAAAUGGAUAAGAAGGUUAAAGAUCAACGCAUACAAGUACAAGCUAAUGGCUUUUAUGUUUUUAAUUUUUAUGCGAAAUACUUCCCUGAAAAUGUUAGUGAAGAGCUUAUACAAGAAAUUACACAACAUUUAUUCUUCCUACAAGUCAAACAGAGUAUACUCUCAAUGGAUAUUUAUUGUCGACCCGAAGCGUCCGUAUUGCUAGCAUCAUAUGCAGUGCAUGUUCAGUAUGGACCAUACGACUAUGAAACAUAUAAAGAUGGUAUGUUGGCAAGUGCCGAUUUGUUGCCAAAAAAAGUUACCGAUCAGUAUCAAAUGACCCCCGAAAUGUGGGAGGAACGUAUAAAAACCUGGUACAUGGAUCAUGAGCCCAUGACGCGUGAUGAGGUUGAAAUGGAGUACUUGAAGAUCGCACAAGAUUUAGAUAUGUAUGGUGUAAAUUAUUUUCCUAUUACUAAUAAAAACAAAACCAAAUUAUGGUUGGGUGUUACCGCUAUUGGUCUUAAUAUUUAUGAAGAAAAUAACAAACUCUCGCCUCGUACAACGUUCCAAUGGAAUGAAAUAAGGCACGUGAGCUUCGAUGAUAAGAAAUUUACCAUACGCUUGGUGGACACAAAAGUCUCCAAUUUCAUUUUUUACUCACAAGAUUUGCAUAUCAACAAAAUGAUUUUAGAUCUAUGUAAAGGUAAUCACGAUCUAUAUAUGCGCCGACGAAAACCAGACACUAUGGAAAUUCAGCAAAUGAAAGCACAAGCAAAGGAAGAGAAGCAGAGGCGUCAGCAGGAGCGUGCAAAGUUUUUGCGUGAGAAAAAAUUGCGCGAAAAAGCAGAACGUGAUCGCUAUGAUCUACAAAAGCGUUAUGAGCAUCUUCAGGAUGAAAUGCGCAUAGCGAAUGAUGCCCUGCGGCGUUCUGAGGAGACUAAGGAGCUCUAUUUUGAGAAAAGUCGCGUGAAUGAGGAGCAAAUGCAAUUGACUGAAUGUAAAGCACAUCACUUUAAAACGGAAAUAGAUCGUUUACGUGAGCGUCAAAUGAAAAUUGAGCAUGAAAAGAUGGAUUUGGAGAAAAAAAUUCGUGAUGCUGAUUUCUACGUGCACCAAUUGACACUCGAAAAGGAUAAACGCGAAGCGGAAGCGGAAAAACUGAAGAAAGAGCUACAGUGCGCACAAUUAGCAGAGCGUGAGGCGACUGCGCGCCUACUUAAUUUCAUCAAUCAUGGACGCAAAACAUCCACCGAUAGUUUGGUGGCCGUUUCAGGGAAUACGUUAGUCGUUUCGGCUACAAAUACGGCCAUCAGCACCCCUUCGUUGACCACCAGCAAUUCAACUAUUGACAUAGAAACUGCGGGUGGCGUCGAAUUGACUACUUCCAAUCAUGACCUAGCCGCAGAUACAAACGAUAGCUCCUCCGAUGUGAUUGACGAUUUCGAAACGAAAGAAUUCAUACUCACCGAUGCAGAAAUGGAGCAAAUCACGAAUAGUCGUAUGGAGUAUUUAAAGAAAUCCAAGCAAAUGGAAAAUCAAUUGCAGACAUUACGCUCACAAAUUGAAUUGCUGAAAAUCGAAGAAAAUCAAUGCAAUUUAGAUAUUCUAAGUGAUGCGCUUUUAAAAGCAGGCGAAACUAAAUACUCAACGUUGAAAAAAUUAAAAUCAGGAUCGACCAAAGCGCGCGUAGCAUUCUUCGAGGAGUUAUAGGUUGUCUUCGAAAAUAAAAGCGAAAACAAUUUUUAUUUUUUUAAAUGUGUGCGUUUGUCAAUUAGCUUUAAGAUUUUAAGCCUUACAAGGAGACAUGUUGCUUAUAUAUGUAACUAUUACUUUUAAGAUGGAAAGAAAAGAUGCUGUAAUACGGAUUUUUAGUAUUAAAAAGCAGUGAAAAAAGCAAAAAAAAAAA